GACGGAAGUAAAUAACAAAUGUUGGUGGAUUAUAAGUGUUGAUUGUGUCCCCUCUUCACAAAUUUUCUGAAUCAUCUCAACAAGCCGACUAGUGACAGGAAAAUGUCAAUUACAAAAUACUGAAAUGUACAUCCCUUUCAUGAAUAUGUGAAAGUGUGUUGUGUAAUUUAUUUCAGACGGGUACAUUAAUUUUGUUGACUUUCGGAUGGGAUUUACAGAUUUCUGUCAUCUAUAGUGGAUUUGAUUAUAUAUCUACUCUUAUGAUUUUUUGUGAUAUUAUAGCAAAAUACAUGAUCAUGGGAAAUCUGGAUAAAAGGACGAUCUACAUCAUUUUUGCUUCCGCCUUUCUAGUGAAUCCGGUAUUACUUAACAAUAGCACCACAACAAUGACUACCUCACAAAGCACUAGCAGUCAAGUUUCUCCAUCAACAGAACCAACUACAACAACUACCAUGGCAACAACAACAAUAGGCACCACCCCAUCAACAAUGACAACAAACACAACAACACCACAACCAACCACCAUCACAACAACAACACCACAACCAACCACCAUCACAACAACAGAACUAAUGACAACUGCUGUUCCUAUUGAAAUCGGUGGAAAUUGUAGUAUUUCAGAAUCUUGCGAAGCCUAUAAUCCCAAUACGGAGUGUAAUACAAAUGGUUAUUGUCAGUGUAAAGCAGAUAAAUAUUUCCAAUCGAAUGGUACAUGUGAACCACUUAACUCUUUAAUACCAACUUCACUUAGUCUAAAUUCUACUGAAACAACUAUUACUGUUGCAUGGGUUGGGCCAACUGGUCUUUCUUCUGAGUAUAAAGUAGCGUAUAAUGUUACGGUAAAGGGAAACAACUCUGAUCAAACCAAAACGACAACAGAUGAGAUAAUUACAGUCAGUGGACUCACAGCUGGACAGAUUUAUAUUGUAUACAUUUUCACAGUUUUAAAUGAUAGUAUAUCAUCAGAAAGAGUAAAUGGAAGUAUUGUAACAAUACCAAACCCACCUGAUUGUCCUUCAUACAGAAAUGAUUACAAUGCAUCACAUAUUACCAUAACAUGGAUCAAGCCUGAUGGAGGAGUAGAAGGAUACACUGUUCAAUUUGAUAGUGGGACUUCUUUCAAUGUGACAUCAGAAAUGGCUGAAAUUGGAAAUCUUGAUCCAGGAAAGAAUUAUACCUUAACAUUGAAAACUUAUGCUAAUGAUAGGACAAGUGUUGAGAAACUAUGUGUUAUUAGGACUGAAUCAGAAGUACCUGAUCCUCCAAAUAAUGUUACAAAGGUUAAUAUGGAAGGCCAAGAUAACUUUAACAUAAGCAUCACUAUGACUGGUGAACCAAGAGGAGACAUUGUUGGUUACAGAAUAGACAUUUAUGGAAAAAAUUAUACGGACCAGAGCUUUGACUAUAGGAGGUCUGUUACAAUCGCUGACACUAUGGACAACAUUUAUCAAGUAACUGGCUUACAAGCAGGAUCUUUUUACAACAUACAAGUUUACACAAUCAACGAUAAAUUUAGCAGCAGUAUUAGUUUCAACCUAAAUGGUCUAAGAACAGCAGAAGAUGUUCCUGAGAGAAUAUUCAAUUUUAGAGGAAUCUCUUCAAAAGACAGUUUUGAAGUAAUGUUUCAAAGACCAAAUAUACCCAAUGGUGAUAUAACUGGAUAUAAAAUACUUGUAACUGGUAGUCGACUUGGAAUUUGUAAAGAAUAUCAUCUACAGUAUGUAAAUAUUUCUGCAAACAAAAAUUGUACUGAUGUUUUUGUCAGUCAAAUUGAAUUAAAUCAAAAGGAUAUGGAAUUAAAUGUCACAGAUUUGCUUCCCUCAGUAACGUUCACAGUAAAUAUUUUGGCCUACACUGCAGAGGGCCCAGGAAUCCCUUUCACUACAACUGUUAUGACCAAUGUCGCAGCACCAUACAAGCCAGGAAUUGUUAAUGCAACGCUAAGAGGACAAUAUGUCUUAGUUACAUGGGAGCAGCCACUGCUAGAAACCGGACCAACUUCUUACGAUGUAGCAGCAUUGGAUAUUAUUGAACCUGAUAAACCUGUUAAAAGUUACUGUAUGACAAAUAAAUUUGAUGACACAAAUUGUACAGGGGUAGGUUUAGAAGAAUUUUGGAAGUACAAAUUUCAAGUUACAGCCAAAGUAUUGGAAUGGAAAAACACAUCUGAUUAUUCAAAUAUCAUAACCACUGUGCCAGGCAAACCAGGCAAGCCAGUAGAAUUUAAAGCGCCCCUUGAAAAUAAAGGAUGUAAAGCAAGACUUUCUUGGUUUACUCCUGAACAAAGAAAAAGGAAUGCUAACAUAACUAUGUAUACAAUUCAAACAGGUUCUCGAACACAGAUUUACAGAGUCAAGAAAUUUGAACCUUACAAUCCAAAGAAAACACAAUUCUUUGAAACAUUAUCAUUAGAAAAGACUGAGAAGCCCAUCACCAUUAAGAUAUCUUGGAGAAGUGGUAGUACAGACAGUGACGCUGAGGAUCUAACUGUGAAUACUGCUGAAUGUUUCGACCCUCUUUCAGGAGGAGAAAUAGCAGGUAUCAUUAUCUGUGUGCUACUAUUAGUAACUGUUUUUGGACUUGGUGGCUUAAUUGUCUAUCGUAGAUGGGAAUGUAUUAAAGAGUAUCUGCCAGAUAUUGGAAGACGACAAUCAACAGGAGAAUUCGAACCAUUGCAACCACCACCAGAAAGGUACAGUUAUGCCCCAUUAAAAGUUAGGUCAAGAGUGCGAAAAAGACCUAUUGUAUUGAGUGCCAUUGGUGACUUCUUGAGAAAGUACCAUGCAGACGACAAUAGACUCUUCAUUGGAGAGUAUGAAGAUUUGAAGCAGUUGAGUCCAAGACACACAACAAAUUCGGCUAAUCUUGACGAAAACAAACCAAAGAAUAGAUACACCAAUAUAUUACCUUAUGACCACAGCAGGGUAGUUUUAGCUCCAAUGAUAGAUGAGGAAGACUCUUCAGAUUAUAUCAAUGCUAAUUAUAUACCUGGAUAUACCUAUGGUAAGGAAUUUAUUGCCAGCCAGGGACCAUUACCAGGUACAGCCAAUGACUUUUGGAGAAUGAUCUGGGAACAGAGUGUAUCCAUCGUAGUCAUGUUAACAAAGUGUAGUGAAAAUAACAUGGAUAAAUGUGAACAUUACUGGCCACAUGCAGCCAAUGAACCAAAGUGUUACAAUGAUCUUAUGGUCAAUGUUACCUCGGUAUCUAACAUGGGAAAAUAUGAUAUUCAUAUCAUGGACGUUAGUCUGGGAGAUGAUACGAGAGUAGUAAAACAUUUCCACUUUUUAGAGUGGCCAGAUUUUUCAGCUAAAGUAGAGACAACAACAUUAAUUGAAUUCAUUACUACAGUGAGACAACAUAUCACACCUGAUAUUAAAGGUCCUACAGUCACACAUUGCAGUGCUGGUGUUGGUAGAACAGGUACAUUUAUCACGGUAGACUACUUGAUGCAGUAUGUUGAAGACCAUGACUUGUCCUCACAAGUAGACAUAUUUGACUGGGUGAUACAGAUGAGAGACCAUAGAACAACAAUGGUGCAAACAUGGACACAGUAUGCUUUUAUCCAUGACUGUCUAUCUGAAAUAGUAGAAAGAAAGAGAAAAUUACAGAAUCCUGAAGUUAAUGGAGAAGUCUCUAUUGAUAAUUUAGCGUUUGAACCUGAUGACCUGUAUGAAAAUACCAAAGUUGGACAACUUCAGACAGAAUUAUGAUGAAUUCAUUUAAAUUUUCAUUACUCAUUCCAGUGUAUAUAACAUGUGCUAAUCAAAUAUGGUGCAACAAAUAAUGACAUGCUUUUAUAUACUAUAUAACUCCAGUGUUCUACUGUAGGUCAAUUAAGUGGAAUGUAAUGUAAAGUCAAUGAUGCAUGAAAUGUAGGUCACUACUGACAGAUUAUCUUUACAUUAAGUUACUGUAGAUUUGUAAGUUAACACAGUUAUUUAUUAUAAACACUGAAAGUAUGACUAUAUGCAUAUUAAAUCUGCAGUUUGAGCAAGAAGUGUUAUUAUGGUAAGCUAGUUGUUUAAUAUAUCCAGGCUCUUCCAAUAUAGAGGUGCUAAAAGAUGCCAAAUACGCACUAAUUGAAUCAAAGAGAUUGAUAAGAUAUAGAAAAAAAUGUCUGUAUGAAUGUAAACAUUCUUCUAUGGUCUGUUUUCAUUGAACUUAACAAAAACCCAUAUGAAAGUUUUAUAUUUUUUUAGAGCUUUAUAUUUGUUAUAGCUUUAUAUUUGUUAGGGCUUUAUAUUUGUAAGGGCUUUUUGUUCAGAAUGAAUCUAAUGAUUUAAUAUGAUUUGGUCUGAUUUAUGUUUAAAAUUUUGUUUUUACAAUUGUUCUCUUUUGUUUGAGAAUUGUCAUAUUGUUGAUUUGACAUAUGUGAUUGGUCUUUUGCAUAAUUGCAAAAACAUCAAUAAUCUUUCGCCAUGACAUAGACUAUGUGUGUUGAUUCAGUAUUAAAUCUAUAUCAAUCCAUAUAUCCAGAGUCCUUUGAAACUUUGAUAAAGGUAAUAUUGUAUUUUUAAAGCUUUAAUGUUAGAUAUUGAGGUGUUAUCUUUACAAUAAACAGUAUCAAAACUACUGUAGAAACUGAAUUCAUUGAAAAGUAUGAAAUUGACAGAACUGCUUCUAAUUAGAUAGGCUGCUUUCAUUUCUCCAUUUAAAUUUUACUACAAUUAUACUUCAAAAAUUUUUAUAUGAGUUAUUGCCCAGGGAGUUUUGUAUGAGUAAUUGCCCUUGUAAAUUGGUUUUUAGCGGUCUGUUGGUUUGAUACAUGUGAAAUUAAUUCAGAAAGCUAAGCAUUCUGAUUUGAAAGUCUUCCUUAGGAUUGAUGUCUCAUACAAACAAAAUUGUAAAUACUGAUAUUUUUGUUCACUUUAGUCAAAUGAUCUAGUCCACUAAAAACCAAAGACUUCAAUCCUUGAAUCCUGUAUAUUUAUUAAGUCUUGACGGUAAAAUAACAUGAAAAUUCUGGUUUCUUGAUUUUUGAGGAAAUCUGUUUUCUCAAAAAGCAUUCUUCAACUUAUUUUGAAUAAAAAAUCAAACAUUCAGUGAAGUCUUUAUGAUAUUAUAAUUAAAUGGAAAAGAAAUCUCAUUAAAUAUCAUAUUUAAGUUUUUGAAGUGUUGUCUUGUAGAUAAGAAUUUUACAUACAAUGUGUGUAACCACUGAAAAUUUUUGUAUGAGUUAAACUACAUGUACAUGUAUCAACAAACCUGAGCACAAUAAUAUACUUCAUGUUUAAUUUUCAUUGGGGCAUACACUAUAUCUAAUUCAAUAGCAAAACAUGUCUUGUAUUUAAUUUGAAGCACAGUUUCUACUUCUAAGUAUCUCUAAUAUGAUGUCACCAGCAAAAUGCUUUCUAGCUGUUGUUUUUUUUUAAUUGAAAGUUUAUUGAUCUCUUUAAAUUCAUGCAGAGGUUCUAAAAUUACAAGUUGCUGCAUAUUUAAUGUUUAUUUAAAAAAAUCAAAUUUUUUCAUUAAGUUGAACACAUGGUAUUAUGAUUUGCUUUGAUGGCUUGUGGAAACAAAGCAGCUUUUAUUUGAUAGCCAAGAUUUUUUUAUAAUUGUGUUGUCUGUAUGUUUUUUCUAUAUGCUUAUGUAUAUGUAUAUGUACACAUUGUUAAAGCACCACAACUUUGUAGUGGUAAACCAGCAGUGGUAGUCAGUUGAUUGUCUGCUAAUUCAAAUGCUUUUAAUUUAAUUGUAACCAAACUUAAUACCAAAAGCAGUUUGUUGUUCCUCAGCUGUUUCAAAGGAAAAUAUUUCAUUAAUUUCAUUUUGGAAAAUGUCCACAAUGACAGUAACAUUAAAAUACCAUUUGAUGUUUUUAUAUUGUUGCAGUGAGGUUGAUACAAAAAAAAGAAUGGCAUGUAAAGUAGACUCAUGUUACAGCCAAGUUUAUUUUGAAAUUAUUUAUCAUAAGAGCAGAUCUAGAAUUAGAUGUGUUUAUCUUGGUCCUGGGCAACACUUUCUCAUGACUUAAGUCUUCUUAAAUAACACUUGUUAUUUAAGUGAACAAGAUGAGCUGUUGUCCUUUCCAUUCAUUCAAUUAUAGCUAAAAUUGGUCAAAGUUUACUGUCAAUAUUAUCAUUAUUAAUUGUGUAUAGGCUCAACAGAUGUAGGCAUCCAUGUUAUCAAUUAAAUAUAUAUUUAUAUAUAUAUCUGUGUGUAUACAUACAAGUUAGUAUUUCAAAUUUGCGUAAAAUUGUUUGUAAUAGAGUUUAAUUUAUGAUAUGCAUUUUUUUAUAUGUAUAUACUGUUAUUUUAUAGCAAAUUUGUUAUAAUAUAUUCCAACAUCUAUGUGUACAUAAUUUAUGACUUUGUAAGUAUGUGUAUUUUCAAAAAUUUUCGCCAAUUAGCCAUGUUAGUUUACAAACAAACAAUACACAUAGUUUUCUCCAAAUGAUCUGCACUUUUUUCAAAAUUUUAGACCAUUUUCUUCCAAAUUGAAUUAUGAGAGGAAAGCUAUCUCCCUUGAUCUUCACAAUGUAUUUUUAUAUUCAAUUUUGAAUUUGCAUGGUCUGUUUCUAAAUAUUUUAGUUAGCCCAGUACACAUUACAGAUAACCUUUUAAGGACAUUACAGGAAAGAAAUACAUUUAGAACACAGAUUAGGCAUUGUAAAUACGUCAUUUUUUUUUAAUUUCAUGUUCUGUGAUCCUGUUGAAUUUGAUUUUCACUUAAAAUUUAUAUCAGAAAGCAAAUAAGACACAAGAAGACGUUACUAAGUUGAAACUUUGUGUCUAAUCCAUUUGUCCUUCUGAUUAUUAAAAUAUGUUUAAACUAAGCAAGAACAAAGCCAUACUGUACUUUUUGAUUUUAUCCACACAUGCCUUUAUUAUCCACUGACUGAUAGUAACACAUGCCUUUAUUAUCCACUGACUGAUAGUAACACAUGCCUUUAUUAUCCACUGACUGAUAGUAACACAUGCCUUUAUUAUCCACUGACUGAUAGUAACACAUGUCUUUAUUAUCCACUGACUGAUAGUAACUGUUUGCUUUUAUUGUUUGCACUUUUUCCCUUCUUAAUAAAUACACUUUGCUGACAAAUGGUUUCAGUAUAACUGUUGUGUUUAUCACAAUACAAGUGAAAGAUUAAUUCUAUUUUUUUAGCUCACCUGGCCCGAAGGGCAAAGUGAUCUUUUCUCAUCACUUGGCAUUCGUCGUUGCCGUCGUCGUUAGCUUUUUACAAAAAUCUUCUCCUCUAAAACCACUGGGCCAAAUUUAACCAAACUUGGCCACAAUCAUCAUUAGGGUAUCUAGUUUAAAAAAUGUGUCUGAUGACCCCGCCAACCAACCAAGAUGGCCGCCAUGGCUAAAAAUAGGGGUAAAAUUUAGAUUUUGGCUUAUAUCUCUGAAACCAAAGCAUUUAGAGUAAAUCUGACUUGGGUAAAACUGAUUAUCAGGUCAAGAUCUAUCUGCCCUGAAAUUUUUAGACAAAUCUGACAACCUGUUGUUGGGUUGCUGCCCCUGAAUUGGUAAUGUUAAGGAAAUUUUGCAGUUUUUGGUUAUUAUCUUAAAUAUUAUUAUAGAUAGAGAUAAACUGUAAACAGCAAUAAUGUUCAGCAAAGUAAGAUCUACAAAUAAGUCGUAAUGACCAAGAUUGUCAGUCGACCCCUUUAGGAGUUAUUGCCCUUUAUAGUCAAUUUUUAACAAUUUUUCGUAAAUAUUUGUAAUCUUUUCAAAAAACUUCUUCUCUGAAACUACUGAGACAAAUUUAACCAUACUUGGCCAUAAUCAUUAUUAGGGUAUCUAGUUUAAAACAUUUGUCAGAUGACCCCGCCUUCCAACCAUCAUGGCAGACUUGGUUAAAAAUAGAACAUGGGGGUAAAAUGCAGUUUUUGGUUUAUAUCUCUGAAACUAAAGCAUUUAGAGCAAAUCUGACAGGUGGCAAAAAUGUUCAUCAGAUUUAGCUCUAUCUGCACUGAAAUUUUCAGACGAAUCUGACAACCUGUUGUUGGGUUGCUGCCCCUGAGUUAGUAAUUUUACAGAAAUUUUGCAGUUUUUUGUUAUUAUCUUCGAUAUCAUUAUAAUAUCUAAUAUCUAAUACUAUUAAUUAUGAUUUUAACCUUAUUUUACAUGAUUUCCAAAGCAUCAGUAAAUACAGGUGAGCGACACAGGCUCUUGAGAGCCUCUAGUUUAACAUGUGCUAUUCUUUUUUAAUUUUAUCUGUAACCAGUUUGUUUACCUGAAUUAAUCUGCACAGACAAAGUUUACUGUUAUAAAAAGUAUUUUUUUAGAUGAACAUGGGAGACACAGUUAAUUCUUAUAUUCAUUUUAAUUGAUUGAUAUUGCUAAAUCUAUGUAAAACUAUAUUAUCAGGUAAUGUUCAGUUUCUUUACAUAGUUUUAAAAAGGCUUGAAACACCUUUCUGGCUCGUCUCUGCUGGCACUAAAGACUGGUAUAAAGUUGUUGAAUAUAAGUACAUUAAUUACAUAUAAAUGUGUCUCAGACCCAAAUGGGCUUUCAACAACUAAAAGUUGACAGCGUUUAGUUGUAUUAUGUCACAUACAAACUUAAAUAAAAUAAUCAAUUUGUAAUAUUCACUUAUUGAGUGAAGGGACCUAAUUUCGAUUUCAACAGUUUUGAAAGUAUUGAACAAUGAAGACCAAUGAACCGAAAUAACACCAGGAAAGGACACCACAACCAGUCAAUUGAUUUCUGAUGUAUGAAAGUUAUAUCGUGUCAGGACAAAAGAGAUAUUGACUUUCAGUCCAGUUAUACCCUUCAAGCAUACAAGCAAGAAUUAAAAUCUACAUAUGUCUUAAAGAAAAAAAUCAAAAUUGUAUAUAAUCAGCAUUGCAUCACAUAUGCUAUAAUCAUUAUGGUGCUAUUUGAUGAAAUCUCAAAGAAGGUAAUAAGAUAGAUUUUCCAUUGCUCACAGAAUGCAAACAAAGGUUUAUCAUUAAAGAAAUUUGUAGUGUGAUUUUUCUGAAAUAUUAUAAAUCAGAAAAUACAUGUCACAUUUUCUAAUACAUUUACUCAUAUGUAAUUGUAGAUCUGAUUCUUUGAAAAUAACCAAUAAUUUGAAAAUUAAUAUUUUUGCUUGAAAUUUGUAGAAAAAAAACACCACCCACCUGCCAAAAUAUAAAUUAUGAAAAUAUAGAAAAUAAUAUUUAUUUCGGGUAACUGAUGUUUACAAUUGAGUUAACAAUUGUAAAGAUCAGAAAAAUUAUAUUUUGAGUAUUUCUAAUGUCAAAAAGAUAUGUUGGUAAUUUAGGGGAAACUUAGAAUGUAACAUGUAAAAAAUGAUUUCAAAUGUUGAAGAGAAAAUUUAGAAGGAAUGUAUUGUUUUGAAAAUAGUCAAUCUGUAAUAAAUUUACUGAUGUAAAGCUUUAGCUUUUAAUUCUACCAUACAUGUUUUUUUUGGAAACAAGAAAAUUAAAAUCAAAUAUGUAAGAAUUCAAGUUAAAUGUAGUGAAUAAUUAAAAAAAACACAAAGUUAAGCAAUCAUCAAUCAAUAGAUUAAAUUAAAAACUUAAAAGAAAUCAAACAGACCAUGUUGAAUAAUUUAUUCAUUUCAAUUAAAAACCGUGGGUAUCGGUAAUUAGAAACCCAAGUAAAAUUAUUUCACUUUGAGUCAAUCCAGUUAUUUCCUUAACAUGGCCAAGCAGUUGUUUUGUUAAUUGUAAAUAUGAUAUAUUUUGUAUUAAUAUGAUAUAAAUAUACAUUUUUGUACAAACUGUUUUCUGUAUGAAUGUAAAUGAUUUUUAUAUUAUGUAUUUGUUGAUUCUAGUAACAUAGUUUAUUUAUAUAUUUUAUGAAGUUUUAUUUUUUGUAUCACAUUUCAAUACAUUAUACAGAUUUAGUAUGAAUUUAAAAAAAAUAAGGUGAUAUACGCCACGUCUGAAUGCAUACAAGACAUUGCUUUAGUAUUUUAGGCAUAUGUUAUAUAUGUCUCAUUUAUUAUUUCCCUGCUUACUUUAGCAGGUGUAUAUUGUAAAGAGUGUUUAUUUGUCCAACCCAACUUUGUAUCAGCUACUUAUCUCACCAUAUUUUAUGAAACUUUUUCUUUCGAUCUGUAGUAUGUAAUGGCACUGUACACCUUUUUAGCCUGAUAAAUUUGGUUUUUGAUCAGAAUGUGUUUUCGGUUUUCCCAUUGCAAAACAUACAAUUUGCCCAACUGCAAGCGUUGUUGACAUCUUGACCAUUUUGAUACAAAAGUUGGACAUUGAGUGUGAAUUUAUAAACUCUAUUUACAGCUUUUUUCGUAGUUUAAGAUCUUGAAACUGAUUAUUUAUUAGUACAAACUGUUCUAUGGCAUAGUUUCUGGUACAACUUCAAGACAUCUAAAUCAGCUUCAAUCAAUUCUUAAGAUUUUGGUUGGAAAAACUAAUUUGUAACAGUAAACCUGUAAGACAAUCUGCAUAAAGGUCAUUUCUAACUUUCUCUUCAAAUUUAUUUCAUGCAAAGCAGUUAAAACUGCAAAAGAUUUUAAUAAUGAUAUCUAACAAUGAUUUUCAUGGCUAUUCUUUUCAGCUAGGAAAUGGAAAACACUAUAUUACAACUUGUGUUAUGCAGUGUUAACUUUUAAAAAGAAAGAAAAAGAAAAAAAGAAACAUGUAAAUUUUGCUUGUAUUGAUGCCCUAUUUAAUACAUAGGAAUAAUAGCUAGGAACUAACAAAUAAUGAAGAGUACAAUUUCAGAUUUCACAUGCAAAACUAUACAUGAGUUAACCUAUUUACUUGUAUAUUGCCAAUUCUUCCUGAAAAUUGCGAAGAGGUGUUAAAAAAUUUGUACUCAAGACUGAAUUUGUGAAGUGAAACUCGGUUAAACCUAAGGUAGAGUCACAUUAAGCAAGCUGUUUCAUCUCAGCGAUAUUGAUAUCAUCAACUGUCAAAUGUUAAAGGAAUAUUGAUAUCAGUUAUUUACAUAGGCAUACAGCUAAAAUUCAAAUUGAACUGACUAGUCUCAGGAAAAUUAGAUAAUACCUUUAUAAUUUUUGGGGUUGAAUGGUAAAGGAAUACUAUUCGCUUUAACAUGAUGAUCUGUUAACUUUGUUAUUUUAUAAGUUUAUGAAUUGUAGAAUAAAGCUUGAAACUUA